CUUCACGAAUCACAAGGGGCAGGGUGGCUAUUUAAGUUUGUGUUGAUCGAUCAUCUACCAGCAAGAUGGCUUGUACUUUUAAUAGCUCAUUCUCAGCUUUGCAAAACCAUCUAGCCAGGUGUCACAAAGCGUGUCCGACCUUGGAAGCUCUCAGAAUUAUGGGCCCCGAUCCAGGUUCUGCGAGCUGCCAUGUCGCAGAGCUGCGGCAAACUUACUUACUCGAAGGGGCUUCAAACGCAGCAAGCGUGGGCCUUGACAUUGGGGGUACUCUGUGCAAGGUUGUCUUCUUUGAGCCAGACAAUGCCGUCAACGGUAGCAUUCCAAGUGCUCAGUAUGAUAGGGAAGUUGAAGUUGACACAGAAGGCCCAGGUGUCAGUGGCCGACGAAAUGAGUGUCAGGAUAGCCCUGAAGGAAUAUGUGGAGUCUCAGAAUUGAGGGGAAGGGUCAAUGGACAGAGGGGCGCCGCACUGAGGACUUUGGUUGAGGAGACAAAUCUAGAAAACAGCAGAAGCAGCAGUUCAGACCACUCGCGGCAGUUAGAAGAUGGGAAUGGGAAGCCGGGCUCCGAGAAUGUGCAAAAUGGGGCAGAAGGCCAUGAUGGGGUUGCCGGAACCAGCAGACAAGAAACUAGUGGUGGGAACAUUCUUGAGGAAAGCAAGUGGGGCAGUCCAGAAGGUAGUGAACAACCACCUCCAAGAAAAAGAGACGGGGGGAACGGCGAUCGAGCUUCGGAGGACAGUUCUGAAAAGGAUCGAUGUCGAGAUGGGUCGGGAGGUGGUGUUGACGAUGUGGAAAACCUGUGGAUGUCAAGUCACGAGCCGAUUGUGUUGCCUGGGAAAGGGACGCUGCACUUCAAGAGGUUUGAGACUUGGCGGGUGGAGGACUUUCUUGCAUUGACGCGGACGCACUCCCUGGUGAGCCGCGACAAAGUGAUCGGGGCGACGGGAGGCGGGGCCAAGAAGUUUGCACAUGUGUUCCAUGAGCAAGCGGGGAUUCAGCUGCGGAAAGAGGAUGAGCUCAAGUGCUUGCUGAAGGGGAUAGACUUUCUGGUACGGCAUGCAGAGGACGACAGCUUCGAGUAUGAGAUUGACGCGUACCGGGGCGGCGCCAUCCAGCGGCCCCUCCACUCCCCCGAGCACAGCGACGACGGGUCCGGGGACGACCGCCGGCAACACAAAGCGUUCCCCUCCGGAAAGGGAUCCCUGGCACGUGGCAUCCGGAGCAGCAGCCUGACGCGCCUCGGCGCCGCGCUCGAAGGCGCGGAAGAGUCCGCGUACCCGUACCUAGUUGUCAACAUUGGGUCGGGAGUGAGUAUCCUGCGAGUGGAUGGGCGACACGUGUACGAACGGGUGGGGGGAACUAGUCUGGGGGGAAGUACGUUUCUGGGGCUCGUGUCGGCGCUGACCGGGUGCAAGACUUUUAGGGAGGCGAUUGCGAUGGCGGCGGGGGGAGACUCGACGAACGUGGACAUGCUAGUAGGGGACAUCUACGGCGGCGACUAUACUGAGAUGGGCCUGGCCGCAACAGUCGUCGCGUCUUCGUUCGGCAAACUGGUGCAGCCUGGAGGUGACGGCAAGGUCGCCGCAUCUCCCGCCGACCUGGCCAAAGCGUGCCUGCUGAUGGUGACCAACAACGUGGGCAGUCUGGCCAUGCUACACGCCAAAGCGGCGGGCGUGAAGCGGAUUCUGUUUGCUGGGUCCUUUUUGCACGGGAACAAGGUCGCCAUGAAACUGCUGUCCGUGGCCGUUGAGUUCUGGUCCAAGGGCGUCAUGAAGGCGGUCUUCCUGCGGCACGAGGGCCACGCAGGGGCGAUCGGCGCGCUUCUGAGUGGGUUGGACGAGGCUUUUUUCCUAUGACGUCACCACUUUUGCAAGAGCUCGCUAUUAUAUAUGAGUGUUCUCCGAGAGGCACUCACGUGGGGUCUUAGCGGUCCGCUUUUAGAGACUUGUCAAUGCACGGUGCGCUGCUGGCCGAUUACUGUCCGCCCACUGAAGUACACCGCACAUAUAAACCAAGUCAAAUCUCCUCUGUGAGCUCUAAACUGCCGCUGAGGCGAGUAACGUACCGAGGACAAAUGAGACAGCACUUGGUCGGGGGCAAAGCUGUAGAGCUGCAUACUGACCAGAGCUUGAAGAAGCAACAAGUUUAAAAAGCAGAGCGGUUGAAAAGCUGUAAAAUAUGUAUACUCUGGCAUAAGGACGAUGUGCCUAACUGCAAGCUACUUGAUGAGGUCAGAGUCAGACAUGCAUACUGCCAGCUGGCUGAUUGAACGGCCUCAGCCUCAGUGCUGAGGACGGUAUUCAGUGACUCAAACACAUCCUCAGU